CUCGAGAUCAAACAUGUAGUACCCCUAGGAUGCACCGAUGUCACCACAUAUUUAAAGUCUAUAUAAACUUUUUUACGUUGUUUGGUUGCCUUAGCAACCCGCUCUUUACCUCAUUCUUCUUCGUUGUGCCGAUUAAGCCACAAGCGAAUAAAUAAAAAAUCCGUAAUAUGGGAAAAAGGAAAUAUUCAGAAGAUUCUGAAGAUUCGUCAGGAGAAGCAGAAGAUUUGAGGAUGUUGAUGAAACGAUUGGAUAAGAAAUUGAGAGAAAAAAGUAGACACAAACAUUCGAAAAAUCAUAGUAAGUAGAAAGAAAUCGAUUGUGUGAAUCGAUAUUUUGCGUGUCUAAAUGGAGAUAAAGAAUUCGAGUGAUUAUACGAUAAGUUUGGUAUACAUAAGUUUGGUAUACGAAAUCACACAUGUAAUCCGAGCUCUCCUGUCGGUUCAACCGGCGGAGAGAAUUAACCUGUGUGGAAAACAUAAAGGAGGAUAUGUUACGAAUGACAUUUCUCGUGUCGGUCCAACCGGCGGAGAAAAAUUUCGAAUGGUCGUACGCAGAUUUGGAAUUUGAAAUCACAUACGAAUCCAAAACUCUUUUGUCGGUCCAACCGGCAGAGAGAAUUAACCUUGAUAAAAGAUAUAGGUGAAUUUGGGUCAAGUGAUGCCUCUCGUGUCGGUCCAACCGGCGGAGAGAGUGAAAAGAUUGACGUGUGUAUUAAUACAGACGACAGGGCGGUCAAUGUAACUGUCCCGAGAUUUUACAGAGUUUCUUGAUGAUGGUAUACUUAUCUCUGGUCGGUACAACCGGCAGAGAAUAUACACAGAUGAAUUCGUAUAUCGUAAUAAAUGGUUACAUAUGUGAUGUACAUUUCGAAAUGAGACUUAACCUGUAAAACAAUGAAAGUUGUUGAAUAGUUUUUUCAAUUUUUUCGUUAUCUAGGAAGAAAGCGACGUUGUUCGAGAGAAUCUGACAAUUUUAGCGACGAAAAAAGCGUUGCAGACCAGCGUUCGUCGAAAUCGUCGGGCAGGGACGAUAUAUCUGACGGAAAUUCGAUGAGAUCUGAAGAGGACGCGAAUGAUGAAACAGAAGAGGUUGUUGUGUUAAAUGCAGAAGAAAGAAAAAAUUCAUUGACGAGUGGAGAAGAAGGUGCAGAGACACAAUCGAAUGACAUCGUUCUAGAACCAGAGGUUCUUGGGCUUAUUGGGAAACGUCUUAUCCAAGAGAGAACAUUAGCGCCGCCAAUUCAUAAUAGUUUGGCCAGUCGAUGGGAAGAUGUUAUUAAAAAAGGACUUCCAGAUGAAGAAAGAUCAGAGAUUUUGAAGAAAUAUUCUCCACCAAAAAAUUGCGAAAUUAUUGAUCCUCCUAAAUUAAAUUUGGAGGUUAAAGCUUCUUUGGAAGUUAACAUUGUAAAAAGAGAUGAACGAAUUGUGGAAACUCAGACAAAAAUUGGAACCGGUUUGGCUGCAUUGGGAAGAGCAUUAGAUCUUGUGCUUAAGGGGGAUGGUCCAGAAAAAUUGAUACUUUUAGAGUGUUUAAGUAGCACGGCCAAUCUUCUCGCGGAUCUUCAACAUGACGAAACGGAGAUUCGUAAGAGUUUGAUCUUGAGGAACAUAAGUCCUUCGAUUCGAGAAACCUUGAAGGAUACAGUCACGAAUGAAUGGUUAUUCGGGAAAGAUCUUGAAGAAAAAAAGCCCGGCCCGAAGUUAUCGUUACAAGAUGAUGGUUCCAAAUACAAGGGUGAGCGGGCAAAGACCAACCAACAAGACACAAGACAAGGGAUCGUAUUAUCGGAACCGCAAUUCAUCGAGGAACAUUCAAACGGAACGACACAAACGGCGAUAGAUACAACAACACCCACUGUGGGAGAGGAUUACCCUGGUUGUCGGGACGCUAUCAGGGAAGCCUUCAAGAAAAAAGAAAUACCUGAGGAAGUGAUAGAUCUUAUGAUAUCGUCUAUUUCGGAUUCCACAAUUAAACAAUAUAAUAGUGGUAUUAAAAAAUGGUGGAUAUUCUGUCAAGGAUUGAGGAUUAAUCCAUACAAAGACGAUGUACCAAAAGUAAUUAGUUUUCUCGGACAAGAGUAUAAAAAUAAUGCAUCUUUCGGGUCGUUAAAUUCAUAUCGGUCAGCAAUUGCGCUGCUCCAUGGUCCUCAAUUGGGAGAAGAUUAUCGUAUCAAAAGAUUUUUCAGAGCUAUUUCAAAGGUUCGCCCAGCAAAGCCAAAAUAUGAUUCAACAUGGGAUCCACAAAUAGUUUUGGAUCACGUGUGCCAAUGGGGUGAUAAUGAGAAAAUGCCUUUGGAAAAAUUAGGAUUUAAGCUCGUUACACUUCUUGCAUUAAUCACGGGUCAACGUAUGCAAACUUUAUCAUUUAUUGACGUAAGAAAUAUUGAACAGAAGGAUAAUAUAAUAGAAAUAAAAAUACCAGAUACAAUUAAGACGUCGGGUAAAAAUAGAAUACAACCGACGUUAAUUAUUCCGAAUUUUUAUGAAAAUAAAAAUAUAUGCGCGGCUUCAGCGCUCCAAACGUACAUUACAAGAACAAAACGCAUUCGUGAAAUUGAAACGAGAAUGUUUAUAUCUGCAAAAAAGCCAUUUAAGGCAGUUUCGAGUCAAACAUUAAGCCGAUGGAUAAAGAGUACACUCGGUGAAAGUGGAGUGGACGUCGAUAUAUUCGAUGCCUAUAGUACACGACAUGCAUCAACGUCGGCUGCGAAAAGAAAAGGAUACGCCGACAUCGGAGCUCAGCUCAGAGGGGUUAGAACAGCGGGUGAGAGUGUCGCUUCGACAACUCUGAAAAUUAGGUGUAAACCGGAUGGUAAGAUACGAGAUUGGUUGCUCAAACGCGUGGAGCAAAGGAUCGAGGAACAUCAGGCAUGA